GGUCGUAUUAGCGUUUGUGUCAAGGUCAACUUGAGGUCAGCGAUAUAUGAUUAAGAAAACCAAGGGUGGUUUUAUUUUGUUAUGACGCGAAAGCGUUUGCAGGAUUUGUCUUGCUCUGCAAAGAAAUGCCACACAAAACUUAUGAAAACAGAAAAUGAGACGAGAACCUCUGUAAAAACUGGUAUUCGAUAUAAAGAUUUGUUCUCGUAUGCCAGCACCAGUGAUCUUGUGAUUUUUUAUUUUGGAGUUCUGUUGACCGUCGCUGUCGGAGCUGCUUUUCCCUUGUCCAUAAUGAUUUUCCGUUGGAUCGUAAAUGAUUUCAUGAAACCUACUGGUGUGCCCUACGAGAAAAUCUACCAUACGUCGGCUUGGUUUUUAGCUGUAGCGGCAUGCACAUUUUUUGUUUCAUUAGCUCAAUCGUGGUGUACUAACAUUAGUUCUUCACGGCAAGUAAAUUAUAUUAGAAAGCGUCUAAUUCGGGCAAUAUUGAGUCAAGACAUAGCAUGGCUGGAUGAACAUAAUAUUGGAGGCCUUAUGGAUAAACUGACUGAGCAUACAACUAAUAUACGUCUUGGUGUAGGAGAGAAACUGAAUGAAUUCAUUCAAAACAUCUCAAGUUUCGUAUUUAGCCUAUCUAUUGCAUUUGUAUGUGGUUGGAAGCUUAGUUUAGUCGCUUGUGCAACACUACCGUUAGUGCUUACUGGCUUUUCUCUGUUUGGUACUUUCGCAAGACGUUUCACUCAGAAAGAGCAUGAUGCAUAUUCCAAGUGUAGUGCAGUUGCAGAGGAGGUGUUGAGUGCAAUACGGACGGUGAUAGCUUUUGGUGUUGAGAGUAAAGAGGUUAUUCGUUACAGCAGUAAUUUGGAUGAAGCUGCUUCGUUUGGCACAAAACACGCUGGUUAUCUUGGAUUCGCUGGUGGUUUUGUUGGAAUGUCUAUAUACGCGUCUGCAGCUUUAGUAUUUUGGUAUGGAGUGACAUUAAUUCGACAAGAUAAUUAUGAUCCAGGAUCUGUAAUUCUAGUCUUCCUUAAUAUUAUCAUUGGCAGCUUAUUUUUAGGUAGUGCCUUACCAAAUUUUCGAUAUUUUCAUAUGGCUAAAACAUCAGCUCAGGAUAUUUUCAAUAUUAUUGAACAAAAACCUUCAGUGGAUAAAACAUCCUCAGGAGAAAAACUUAACGAUUUCACUGGCAAAAUAACAUUUAAAAAUGUUACAUUUUCGUAUCCAUCACGUCGUGAGAAAACUGUGUUUAAAAACCUUAAUCUCACUAUAGAAGCAAAACAAACCACAGCUUUAGUUGGCUCUAGUGGAUGCGGUAAAACGACAAUAACUCAAUUACUGGAAAGAUUUUAUGAUCCAGACAGUGGACAGAUACUUUUCGAUGAUGCAGACAUUUCUACAUUAAAUGUUAGUUGGCUUCGUUCACUCAUUGGAAUUGUACAACAAGAGCCAAUUUUAUUCUCAGGAACAAUAUCAGAGAAUAUACGUUUGGGGUGUUUAAAAGAUACUGUAUGUAAUGAUGAUGAUAUUAUAGAAGCAGCGAAAUUGGCCAAUGCUCAUGAAUUCAUUAUCAAAUUACCUCAGGGUUAUAAAACAAUGAUAUCUCGAAGCGGUGUAGAAUUAUCUAUUGGUCAAAAACAGCGUAUUUCUAUUGCUCGUGCACUGAUACGUAAACCGAAAAUUCUAAUCCUGGAUGAAGCUACUUCCGCUUUAGAUAAUCAUUCCGAAAGAAUGAUUCAAUCCGCUUUAGAAAAGAUUAAGCUUAAUCGUACUCUGAUAAUUAUUGCGCAUCGUUUAUCAACUAUACAAAAUGCUGAUAAAAUUGUUGUCCUAGAAGAUGGUUGUAUUAAACAGAGCGGGACGCAUACAGAACUUGCAUCAACUUAUGGAUUAUAUUCAGCAUUGUUGAAAUUUGAAAUGCCUGAAGUAAAUGCUCCGCCUGUUCACAGUGAAACAUAUUCACCCAUAGAAGAUGGUAAAAUAUGGAAUGAUGAAAAAACUCCACUCAAAGAUCACAUCCAAAAUAACAAUAAUGAUGAUAAUAGUAAUAAUAAUAAUGGUGUGAUGAUUAUAAAUCAUAAAAAGGAAAAAGAAAGUGAAUAUAAGGUGAAUUCAAGUAAAGUAUCACUGAAAAUGUCCAAGUCGACCGAUGUUCGCAUAAAAAGUGGUGGUGGUUUUUGUUCAUCUAUGCGCCGUUUACUGAAAUUAUCUCGACCAGAAUGGAAAGUUUUAACUUUAGGCUGUAUAGCUGCAUCAAUCACCGGUGGUCUACAACCUGUCUUUGCUGUUCUCUACUCAGAAAUGUAUGCUAUAUUUAAUUUAACUCAAAAACCAGAUGAAAUGCAAACCAGAGCCAAUUUCAUUUCAAGUAUUAUAGCUGGACUUGGUUUAAUUCGAUUGAUCUCGUCUACUUGUCAGGGUUAUUUUCUUGGUGUUUCUGGUCAAAAGUUAACCAGACGUUUACGUGAGAAUCUGUUCGCAUCUAUGUUGAAACAAGAAAUAGCAUGGCAUGAUCAACCAGAGCAUAGUCCAGGCAUUCUAUUGGUUAUGCUAACAACAGAUGCAAAUAAAGUGAAUACACUUUGUGGUGUAUCAUUGGGUCGACUGAUUGAGUCCAUUGUACUAGUGAUUGCAUCAUUAACUAUCGGUUUCGUCUAUAAUUGGAAACUGACUUUAGUUGUGUUGGUUUUCUUCCCAGUGAUUAUGCUAUCAGGUUAUUUACAGCUUCGUCAAAUUCGUAAAAGUUCUUAUGGCAAUAAAGAAACAGCAGCAGCUCGAAUUAUUUAUGAAGCUCUUAGUUCAACAAGAACAAUGUACGCCUAUAAUCUAGAAAAUUAUUUUUAUAAACAGUAUUGUUCUAUACUCAAUUCGGAAAUGACUGCUGAUAAUCGUAGUUUCAUAGUUUAUUCAUUUGUCUAUGCAUUGGCUCAAUCAUUACCAAUAUGUGCAUAUGCAGCUGCAUUUUCAUGUGGAGCCUAUCUAAUGAGUAUUGAAGAGAUCACUUUGAUAGCGAUAUUCAGGGUCUUCGCUGCUAUCAGUUUCGCAGCUCAAGCACUUGGUAGAACAUCACAUAUUGGCCCAGAAAUGAAACAUGCCUCACUGGCAGCUGAUCGAAUUUUCAAACUUUUAGAUCGAAAGUCUAAAAUACCUGUCAACGAAGGUUUAUACCUUGAUCAACCUUUAGAUAGCAUACCGAUAGAAUUUAGACAAGUCUCUUUCCGUUAUCCAUCUCGGCCAGAAUCUUGGAUUUUAAAGAACUUCUCACAUACAUUUCAACCUGGUCGAAAGACAGCUAUCGUAGGACUUUCAGGAUCUGGUAAGACCAGUAUACUAAGCUUAAUUCAACGGCUUUAUGACAAUGAAAAUGACAAUUCAAGUUGUGGGAUAUUUUUCAAUGGUAUUAACAGUCGAACAAUUUCACCGAAAUGGAUUCGUCAACAAAUUGGUGUUGUUAGUCAAGAACCCCAAUUAUUUAAUAUUUCUAUUAUGGAAAAUAUUGCUUAUGGGAAUAACGCUAUAACAAUGGAUGAAAUAACCAAUGCAGCACGUCGUGCAAAUAUUCAUGAAUUUAUCAUGAGUCUUCCAGAGGGUUACAAUACACUAGCUGGUCCUCGUGGAACGCACAUAUCCACUGGCCAACGACAAAGAAUUGCAAUAGCACGCUGUCUUGUUCGUAAACCAAAACUUUUGUUGUUGGAUGAAAUCACAUCUGCACUUGACUUACAAAAUGAACAAUCCAUUCAAAAUACACUCGCAAGUCUACCUCAUGAUUGUACAUAUUUAAUGGUAACCCAUAGACUACUUCCAACAGCACAAGUCGAUGAGAUCUUAGUCUUAGCCAAUGGCAAGGUGAUUGAAAAUGGUACAUUUGACCAACUGAAACAAACGAAAGGAGUCUUUUAUGCCUUAUUCUGUACCGAGGAAAACAACUAAUCGAAUCUUCAUCCGGCCUGCCUACUUGAUGACGAUGAUGAUUAUAAAUCUCAGAAUAAUCUCGAAACUCACCCUCUUUCGAAGAGUCAGCAAAUUUAUAAACUCUGCACUAACGCAAAACAACCUAACUA